AUGAAGGCGGCAUUGAUGUGGACAAUAAGUGAUUUUCCCGCACUUGGCAUGCUUAGUGGAUGGUCGACUAAGGGAAAGUUGGCAUGUCAUGUAUGUAGCGGAGAAGUGAAAGGUAAACAACUUAAGCAUGGUGGUAAACCUAGUUUUUACGGAACUGCCAGGUAUUUCAUGGAACCAAAUGAUCCAUUGAGAAAAAGUACCAAGUUUGGAAAAAGGGAGUCACGUUCUGUAACUGCUCGACAUUCAGGAUUAUUGGCAAAGAAUUUUUGUGAGCAUAUUCAAUUUCCUCCUCCAGGAAAGACGAGUUGGCGAAAGCCAAGGGGGUAUGGUGUUACACAUAAUUGGACUCAUUACUCUCCUUUUUUUGAGCUCCCGUAUUGGGAGACGCUUAACCUUCGUCAUAGCAUUGAUGUCAUGCAUACUGAAAAGAAUGUUUUUGAUAACAUAUUCUACACGAUGUUAAAUGAUAAGAAUAAGACCAAAGACAAUGAAAAAUCAAGAAAGGAUUGUAAAGAAUUAGACAUACAUCGUGAUUUGUGGAUACAAGAUGAUGGGAUGAUGCCAAGUGCACCAUAUACGCUUACGAGAGAGCAAGUUCGUAAGUUGUUAAAGUGGAUUGAAGAACUGAAACUUCCAGAUGGGUUUGUCUCCAAUAUAUCAAGGUGUGUGAAUUUUGAGAAAAACACAGUUCAAGGAAUGAAAUCACAUGAUUGUCACAUUUUUAUGCAAAAAUUGUUGCCUAUUGUAUGUCGUGAUUUUUUACCAAAGCAUGUGGGCGAUGUUUUGAUUGAGAUGUCCAAUUUCUUUCAAGAUUUAUGUGCGGUAAACUUGAAAUCCUCUGAUUUGGAUAAGAUGGAGAAGGGCAUAGUGAGGAUAAUAUCAAAACUUGAAAGUAUUUAUCCUCCGGGUUUCUUUAAUCCAAUGGAACAUUUGCCACUGCAUUUGGCUACUGAAUGUAAGUUGGGUGGCCCAUCUCAUUUUCGAUGGAUGUAUUUUGUUGAAAGGUACUUGCAUGGUCUAAAAAUGAAAGUUAAGAACAAAGCUCGACCAGAGGGUUCAAUGGCAGAACGCUAUAUUGAGGAAGAAAGUGUACACUUUUGCUCAUUGUAUUUUGAAUCCAAGUUUGAAACAGUGCAUAACCAAUUGCGUCGUAAUGAGGCACCAAAAAAGUCUUGUGAUCCCAACUUGUUAGAAGUGUACAUGUAUCCAACAAAGCCUCAAUUACGUAGUGGACAUAGACUCUUGAGUCGUGAAGAAGAGAGGCUUGCUAAAUACUAUGUACUCAUUAAUUCGCCGGAGGUUGCUAAAUAUUUACGGGAAUUCCACAAAUUGGUAUGCAAACAUCAUCCAAAAUUCAAUGAUGCAGAAAAAGAGAAAUAUCAAAAAGAACGAUUCACAAAUUGGAUGCAAAGAAGGGUUACCGAUAACAGAGGAGUCAUAAAUCCAAAGUUCGAGGAUUUACUAAGAGGUCCGAUGACCGAUGUAGAAACUUAUAAAGGGUGUCUUUCAAAUGGCUACAAAUUUGAUUGCGGAAAUCUCAACGAACGCACUUCACAAAACUCUGGUGUGCUUGUGAUAGGAUCAUCUUACAAAGAAAACUAUGGAAACAACUAUGGAAGAUUGCUCGAAGUCUUAAAACUUCACUAUCACAAUGGUCAUGAUGUUAUCUUAUUCAAAUGUCAUUGGUUUGAUCAUACAACACACGUCAAAGUCGAUCGAAAUAGAAUAACUACCGUGGAUGUAAGAUCAAAACUAAAUGCCGAAGAUGUUUUCAUAUUGGCUAGCCAAGCACAUCAAGUAUGUUAUGUACCAAGUAUAACAAAGGCGAAUUCAUCAUGGUACACGGUGCUUACAACAAAGAGUCGACAAGUAGAUGAAGAUAUGACCUACAAUGAUAAUGCUACAUCCAAUGAUGCCGCUUUUCAAAAUGACACGUCAAAUGCUUCAUCAUCACAUGUGAAUACCGUAGUUAUUCAUGAUCCUUCUGAUUUCUUCAUCGACUUACGAAAUUAUGAAAAUGUUAACUUCACGGAGCACAAUAAUGACGAUCUAAAUGAUGAUGACCAUAUGAGUGUUGACGAGAGAAGUGAUAGUGAUGAGUGA